UCAUUUUUGUGUGAGGCAAUAAUGGGGAAUAGUUUGGGAGGGAAAAAGAUGACAAAGGUGAUGAAGAUAAACGGUGAGACGAUGAAGUUGAAGACGCCGGUGACGGCGGAGGAGGUGUUGAGAGAAUAUCCGGGGCAUGUUGUGUUAGAAUCGGAAGCCGUUAAGCAUUAUGGUAUACGAGCUAAGCCGUUGCAGUCGCAUCAAAGGUUGGAGCCGAAGAGGCUUUACUUUUUGGUGGUGCUGCCGGAGGCUCCAAAAGAGAGGGUUCCGAGGAGGGUUCGGUCGGGUAUAAACAUGAGUGCUAAAGACAGGCUGGAGAGCUUGAUGUUAUCAAGGAGGUCGGUGUCGGACCUUACGCUUUUGAAGCCGACGAUAUCGAUACCCGAGGGGGAUGAAGGAGUGGAAGGAGGAGGAAGUGGAGUGACGAGGGUGAAAAUGAGGCUUCCCAAGGCUGAAGUCGAGAGGUUGAUGAAAGAAAGCGCGAAUGAGGAGGAGGCGGCGGAGAAAAUCAUGCAACUUUGCAUGGGGAAGACCGGAAACAGCCCACGUGCUGAAGUUUCCGAGCGGCGACAAGUGCGUUGGGACGGAGGCCGUGGAAGUAUCGGAGAAGUUUUCAAGGCCCCCGAGAAACGGGUGAGUUUCAUGGCAAUGAAUGGAGGAGGGAGCCAAGUAGCAGUGAAUUCAUAACAAAGCAAAGAGAUUAUAAAUAAAUUAAGAGCUCAGCCUACAUUUUAUUAUUGUAGCUUUCUUCUUUUGUACAUACAACAUGGUCAGCUUUGAGACCUUGUGCUUUCAUGGAAGAGCUUAGAGAGAAUGGAGGUGUGGUCGUUUUUUCGGAGAUGGUUAUAA